GAAUUUCAUUGUCGAUUAGUACGUGCGUAAGAGAGCUUUACCCCCGAGUAAGAAUGGGCUAUAUGUCUCGAUUGUGCUAAAUAUAUUCACUAAAGUAACGUCGGCUCGGUGCGUGGUCGGAUUUUUAAUUGUCGGAUGUGAUUUUGCGGUGGUGCCAUGGAGGGGGUUAUCGAGUGCGUCAUUCUGAUGGGGUUCAUGUACUGGGCCUUCCCCAGCUUUUUUUCAGAGGGGUUCUCCAGGGUGAACAAAAUGGUGGACAUUGUGACCAAUCGAAUCUUCGAUAGCUUUAGUCGUUUCUCGCCCAAAGAAAACCACCAGACUGAAUCUCUCACAACCAUUUCACACCUGAAACGGUUUUCCAAAGGUAACGAACUCCGGAGGAGGAAUUUUCUUAAGGAUGAUCUUAAGGAGCGCGACAGCCACCUUUACGACAUUAAGGAGAAUGUCGCAGAAGUCGAGCUGCCGCCCAGCCGGCCCUUGAUGGGCCUGAGCUGCGAUUACUGCACCAGUGCCAGCAGGGAAUCGUUGGUCAAUAAGACAACCGAAAAGUUCGCGUUGAACAACAUUUUGGACCAUACGCCCUCGCUGGACAAGAAUGGGUUCCUGCAACGGACUUUCUCCCACUUGAACCAGGUGUAUCAGCUGAGGAAAUUUGACUACCCACAAGUGGCUGAAAUCGUCCUGAAGGACGACCGGCUGAAAAAGGCCAUCGAGAAGACGGCGUUGCAGCAGUACCAAGAUUCCGAGCGGAACGAUGAUGAGUUUUACCAAGAACUGCUGAAAAAUAAUCAUAAAAGAGCCAAGAAAUUAUUGUACGGGAUGAGGUCCACACUUUCUGAUUUUCUACUAAGAUUUACGUCGUGGGUUUUGUACAAGUUGUUGCCGUGCUUUUUGAGCUGUGUGGUUGCACAUCCUGGACAGAUAAAUAUGCUGAAAGAGGCAGGAAAAACUAGUCUUCCCUUGAUAUUCCUUCCGCUGCAUAGGUCACAUUUAGAUUAUAUUUUAAUUUCUUUUAUUUUGUUGAAUAAUAAUGUACGGUCACCUCUCGUGGCAGCUGGCGAUAAUUUGAGGAUACCGUUUUUUGGGUCCCUCUUGCGCGGGCUGGGCGCCUUCUUCAUAAAGCGCCGCAUCGACCCGGUCAUGGGCCGUAAAGACCACCUCUACAAGGCCGUCUUACACACAUACAUGAACGAAUGUCUACGAGCCGGCCAUAACAUGGAAUUUUUCCUCGAAGGCGGCCGUACAAGAACCGGCAAACCUUGUAUGCCCAAGUACGGAAUUCUUAGUGUAAUUGUUGAAGCGUUCAUGGAUGGUACCAUCGAGGAUGCUUUAUUAGUUCCAGUCAGUGUCAAUUACGAGAAAUUAGUCGAUGGAAAUUUCGUACGCGAACAAUUAGGACAACCCAAAGAAAUGGAAACAUUCGGAGCUGCCAUUAAGGGCAUCUGGCACGUGCUAAACAGCGACUAUGGCAUGAUGCGCAUCGACUUUAACCAACCCUUCUCACUCAGGGAGUUGGUGAAGACGUUCAACGCCUCGAAGAAGUUACAAAACGGGUUCAAGAAAAUGCUCAAAUCGAAUCCCUCGACCACCAGUCUGUAUGGCACGGACGUGGUGUCAGACGAACACAAGAGUGUAGUCGAGAGUAUUUCCAAACACAUUAUUUAUGAUUGUGCCAGAUCGACGUCAGUGAUGUCCACAAACGCCUUAGCAUUCCUCCUGUUGACCAAAUUCCGCGAGGGCGCCACUAUCGAACAACUAGUGGCAGCGCUAGAUUCCCUCCGACAUGAACUAGAUGUCGCCAGAAAAGAUUUGGGUUUCACCGGCGAUUCAAUUGAUGUUGUCAACUAUGCGAUAGAAUUACUAGGGCCAGGAUUGGUCCGCAAGGAGAAAAUCAACGGCGAAGACAUAAUUAAACCAAUGGCAAUCCUCCCGAACGUCAUAGAACUGACUUAUUACAGCAACACUUUAGUCACGCAUUACGCACUCGAGUCGAUCGUUGCAAUCUCGCUGAAUAUGGUGGCCACCAAAGCGGGCACCGUGUCCCACUUGGAGUUAAUCGAAACAGUACUCGAUUUGUGCAACGUGCUGCAGUACGAGUUUAUAUUGUGCAAGCCUUGUCAGAAUUUGGAGCACGUGGUGAUCGGGUGUUUGGACGAUUUGAACGUGAAGUACCGGAUUUUCGUGGAGGAGGUGCGGGACGAUGAGCAGGUGGCGAGGAGUAAGAAGAUCGCGCAGGAGUUUGAGGACGAGGAUUUGGACGAGGCUGCGACUGAAAAGCCGUACGUUUUGAGCAACGAAAAGGGGGCUGUGGAGAGGCUGAGGUUCAUGCAGGGGUUGCUAAUGCCGUUGGUGGAGACGUACGCAGUGUCUGCGUUUACGUUGGAGAAGUUGGUUGGGAGGUCUCUGCUUGAGAACGAACUGAUUAGCGAUAUUUUAAGUGAGAUUAAGCUGCAAAUAGCGGAGGGGACGGUGAAAUAUGAUGAGAGUGUGUCCGUGGACCCGAUCAAGAACGCGCUGAAGCUGUACCAGAAGUGGGACGUUCUGGAGUGCCAUACCGAGAAUAAACUAAGACUUUAUUAUCUGAAGGAAAGCCAAGACAAUUCCGACGCUGUCAAGACGCUGUAUCAAAGGAUCAACAAAUUUAGACAAUCUGUUUAGGUAUACCAAAGUGUUGUUAUUUAUUGUGUCUAAAAUGAUAAGUUUUGUAUUAUAGGAUUUAUGUUAGUUUCUUGUGAGGUUUAGACUUGCUCAUAACUUUUUAUCAACUGUGAUAAUUAUAAAUGAAAUAAAUUUUUAUCACGUGA